GACCGCUGUAGAAGGACUCCCUGAUGCCUGCAGCCCGGGAGGAGCAUUAUGGAUUUGACUAAGAUGGGUCUGAUUCAGCUCCAGAACCCCAGCCACGCCACUGGCCUUCUCCAGAAAGCCAACCAGAUGCGCCUGGCCGGCACCCUGUGCGAUGUGGUGAUCCUGGUGGACAGCCAAGAAUUCCACGCCCACCGGACUGUCCUGGCGUGCACCAGCAAGAUGUUCGAGAUCCUCUUCCACCGCAACAGCCAGCAUUACACCUUGGAUUUCCUCUCGCCAAAGACCUUCCAGCAGAUCCUGGAGUACGCCUACACCGCCACCUUGCAGGCCAAAGUUGAGGACCUGGAUGACCUCCUGUACGCGGCGGAGAUCCUUGAGAUCGAGUACCUGGAGGAGCAGUGCUUGAAGAUCUUGGAGACCAUCCAGGCAUCAGAAGACAACGAGGCCGAAGUCAGCAUGACCGACGGCGGUGCCGAAGACGAGGAAGAUCGGAAGUCCCGGUACAUUAAGAACAUCCUGCUCUCCAAGCAUUCCAGCGAAGAGAGCGGCUACUCCAGCCUGGCCGGUCAGGGCCUGAUGGGGACGAUGGUGGAACACAGCCCCUCGGUCUCCACCUCCUUCGGCCUGGCGGCCAUGAGCCCCACCAAGACUGCCGUGGACAGCUUGAUGAGCAUUGGACAGUCGCUCUUGCAGGGGGCUCUGCCCCGCCAGGCCCUCGAGGACUUGCACUCUGCCAAUGGCCGGUGCCCGGCCGUGUCCGAGCUGAAGACCGAAGCCAUGCAGGUAGAGGAGGCCUCCAGCCACGAGAGCCCCAGGUCGGGGGAGCUGGGCGCUUCCGGGGGGGACAAAGCAGAGGAUAAAAGCAAGCAGGGGCCUGGCACCCCCACCCGCAGCAGCGUCAUCACCAGCGCCCGGGAACUUCACUAUCCCCGGGACGACAACGCGGAGCAGCCCCUCGAGGCGGUCCAGGGCCCCCCGGUUGGGCCGGACCUCCUGGCCUCCCACGGGGAGAAGCCGAUGGGCAUGUACUCGGUGCUGCCCAACCACAAGGGCGAGUCCAUGCUGGGCCUGCCCGUCUCCAUGGCCCCCACCCUGCACGUCCAGCCGGCCCUGGCCGUCUCCAUGGACUUCGGCUCCUACGGAGGGCUCCUCCCGCAAGGCUUCAUCCAGAGGGAGCUCUUUAACAAACUCGGGGAACUGGCCGUGGGGAUCAAAACCGAACACCGGAGCGUCGGGGAGCAGUGCAGCGUUUGCGGGGUGGAGCUGCCGGACAACGAGACGGUGGAACAGCACAGGAAACUGCACAGUGCAAUGAAGACAUAUGGGUGUGAAUUGUGUGGGAAAAGAUUCCUUGACAGUCUCCGCCUUCGGAUGCACUUACUGGCUCAUUCAGCAGGUGCCAAAGCUUUUCUCUGUGACCACUGUGGUGCACAAUUCUCUAAGGAAGAUGCCCUGGAGAGUCACAGGCAGACUCACACUG